CGCGUGCGCAGUUCUGUUCUGGUCGCUAAGCAACGCCGUGUCAACCUGCAAACCUGAAACUGCGUCUUGUGUAAAACCUCCAUAGAUUUUAAAUACCGCUGUCGUUAACCACUAAUAUGUGGUGCUAAUGCGUUUACAUGACAUUUCAUUAUUUACACCACAGGCUGGCGUGAACUGCAGCUAUAACUGCGCCAAACCAGUAGAAAAAAAACAAGAGUCGCUGCCAUCUAAAAUAAAAUAAUAAUAAUAAAAAAGGCCAAUGGGGCUCUUCGACAAGCUGGCGGGAUGGCUGGGCCUGAAGAAGAAGGAGGUGAACGUGCUUUGUUUGGGUCUGGACAACAGCGGAAAGACCACCAUCAUCAAUCAGCUGAAGCCGUCCAACGCUCAAGCACAAGACAUCGUUCCCACUAUCGGAUUUAGCAUAGAGAAGUUCAAAACGUCAAGUCUGUCGUUCACAGUGUUUGACAUGUCAGGCCAGGGCAGGUAUCGAAACCUAUGGGAGCACUAUUACAAGGAAGGACAGGCCAUCAUAUUUGUCAUUGACAGCAGUGAUAAGCUGAGAAUGGUGGUAGCCAAAGAAGAGCUUGAUACUCUCCUUAACCAUCCUGAUAUCAAGCACAGGAGGAUCCCCAUUCUGUUCUUUGCUAAUAAAAUGGAUCUAAGAGACGCUCUGUCCUCAGUGAAGGUCUCUCAGCUCCUCUGCCUGGAGAACAUCAAAGAUAAACCUUGGCAUAUCUGUGCCAGUAACGCUGUCCAGGGGGAGGGUCUGCAGGAGGGAGUCGACUGGCUGCAAGGUACAGAUUUGUCCUUUUAUUCGAGAAAAACUUGGUGUAUGUGAAUCAGCGAUGAUCCAUUUCCCCUGAAUUAACUCGAGUGUCUGGAAUGACAUUAUUAUAUUGUUGAAGCAUUCAUGUUUGUUUGUUUUGUUUUGAUCCAUAGAACAAUUUGCACUGUAAGUAUUUGAAGUUAAACGACCUUGUGGUGACGUAGCGAAGUGUUACAGCCACUUUAUAACCCAGCCUUUACAACUGAUAAGUUAUGAUACAGCCCAAAGUGAUCAAAUAUCUUUUACUGUACUUUCUACCUUUCAUUUUAAACUGUGUUAGACUUCAGCCUUGUGUUUACAUCCUAGUCCCUGUCUUGUCAGCAUGCCCCGACGUCAUGAGUCGCCGGUCUGUAUCUGGAGUGUGUGUUGACUUCACUGCUUCCUUUCCCAAACAGAUCAGAUCCGAACCAUGAGAACAUGAAACGCUCGUAGAAUCCACCACGUCGCCCGUUCCACAUCACACCACGGACCGAACCUCCUUCACAAGGCACGCUGAGCCGUCUGUUCAGGAAGCUCAGGGUUUGGGAGUGUGAGAUGCUUUGAUUCUGUUGCAUCGCAGACUUUUUUUUAUUAUUAUUUUUUUUUUUAUGUUUUGCACUUUCAUAGCUCGUUUGUCUUGAAAAUAGCCAGCAAAUUCGGUCCAUUUCACGAGUACUCCUAGUGUGUUUAAAAUGUAACAAACGUGCACAUAAACACAUUAUUACCUCAGCUAAACGCUGGCAAAAGCUUUACAUUUUUUCAAGAAACCGAGCAAAACAGUCCACAUAUGUAUUACAUCACAUAUUUAUUACAUCUCAGAGCCGGGAAAAUUUUUACUAAGUUACUAUAAGAUGUUUAGAGACAUUUCAUUCUGAUUUCUUGUAUGAUCAUUAAUACACACGUGUGUGUAUUUUUUUUUUUUUUUUUUUUUUGGUGUAGCACUGUAAAGAACUUUCCAGGAGGUUUUGCAGAUGUGUAUAUGACAUGUAACGCUGGUCUAUAAGACAUUCCAAAUGUUUUUUUUUUUUUUUUUAAUCAUUGCUUUACUUAGUUUUAUAAUUCCAAGCACAAACUGAAAGAUUAUUUUCAAUGUCAUGCAUAUAAACUCUGCUGCCCUUUAACACGCUUUUAAAAAAAUGUAGUUUUCUACUCGUUUUCUGUCUCAAAUCUGUCUUAGACUGUGACUCAAAGAGUAAACGGUCUGUAAGUAACGAGGAUUUGAAAAGGAUACGAAAGUUGACAGUCGCCUGGUAUACCGCAGAGGUUAAUAGUACGUUAGUUGGCAGUUAUAUUUAUAUUUAUUUACAGUAUAAACCUACCAAUUAAGCCACUUGACAUGUCUACACUUACAGAGCAGAUAUUAUUUGGAUGGUGCAUCAUUUGCAGCAGUAACAUCUGACCCUGAGCUUGUAGGUGCACCGCUUUCAGGUUGCAGUGCGUGUUAAUUGUCUUUUAUACCACAGCGCUGUUGAAAUCUCAAAUCUGAUUCGCCGGAACGCGUCGAUUGAUUUGCUUUAUACCACAGCGUGGUUGAAUUCUCACAUCUGAUUGGUCAGACGGUGUGCAUUAUUUUUGUAUAUCAGCAGCUCGGACAGUAGUUCCGUCUGUAACACGAACAAUAGGUUGAUAUCAAUGCGCUUGUCCUAAUACGUUUCCAUAGUAACGGCGCGUACAUAAUCUAAGACUAAUAAUAAGUUUGGAAAAAAAAAACAUGUUUAAUAAAAUAAAAUGCGUAAUCAUUGAUGUGGUGAUGUUUUUUUGUUAGGAAACAUUUGUUGAACACUCCGUUGCGCAUUGUGCCACAUCACGUGUGUUAUCCCAUACACGGGUUGUUACUGCAGCUGGAACCGCUCACACACAAGGACUUGUACAGCGGACGCGCCACAUAAUCUAAAUAAUAAUCGGACUAAAAAAAACGUGUUUGUUAUUUAACAAAGAAAAACAUCAACGUUUUCUGUAUGGAGACAUUUAUGGAAGGAGUCUCCAGUGUAAGUAAGGCUUCAGGACAGAGGAGUUCAGUUCUGUAACAUAAACUGUGUUUAUUAUUAUUAUUAUUAUUGUCUUAUAAACUUCAAAAGUGAGGGGAAAAAAGGUAGGUUGGUGAGGGAGAAUCAGGUAUCAGGGGAAUAAAACACGUCAGAUUAUUAAAAACUAAAGUGUUUUAUUCCUUUACUGUAAUAUACAGACAAUGUAAAAAAAAAUAAAUAAAAUUGCACCUACAUGUCCAAGUCUCAAGGAUGAACACUUGUAAUGGAAAUAAGGCAUACUGUAAAAGGGUGUGGUCUUCAGUUAAUCUAUAAACAAAUGAAGGCCGUAGCGUGACCCAGGUCAGUGGGGUGAUCAGUGAGUGUAAUAGAGUAGAACAGCUGCAGUGGGACGACUGACCUGUAGCUUCAGUCAUCGCUAAUCAAAUCUGUUCCAUUAAGACCUCCAUGGCAGCAUGAACACAGUCUAAUCAGCAGCCCAUCUGCCUCUUAUGGAGUUAGCACAGAAGAAGAGGCUUCUCUCAGGCCAAAUGACAGAUAUUGCUCUACACUGCGCCUGAGAAAUGGAUUUAGUUUUCAGACACUGUGCAGUUUUCCAGCCGGUCGAUUGUUGCCCAUGUUUGGGGCAGCUCCGGUAGGCAAUAAUUCUGUGCUAUGUGUAAGAUUUCUACAUGAAAGCUUCAAAGAUUUUUAAAUAGGAGCUUUGUGAAUUAGUUAAAUAAAAAUAAAACUGUCAAAAUAGCUAAUGAAGCCAUAAACACAUCAGGCAACCAAGGUGCAUUUGCAUGUUUGUUAAGUAAGGAAUGAAACACUUGGGAACAUAGGAAAAUCAAUCAAUGACCCAAGAGUUGUGUUAUACUCCUCUUACGGUAUACCACAGCAUCCAUACAGGAUUUAGCAGUUGUUGUUUUUUUGUGAUUGUUGUGGCCAAAAAUGCUUGAUUUUGCUUUGGCUUUUUUCAAAAUUUGCACUGGGUUUUUUUGUGGGGUUUUAUUUGUUGCAGAAAACUGCUUGCAUUGGUGAAAUUACAAUCGCACAAAAUAGUUUCGCGCGGUCUUUCACAAGUGAUGUUUGUUGGUAAAUGAGACCUUUUAGCUGUACUCCUGUUUGACGGACGUGAAUCGAAGAGGGCUUUUGGCUGAAUGCCAAGUGUGUUGCGAUGAUGUCACAUGGCGCGUCUUGGCGAAAAUCUGGGGCAGUUUUGUCAAAUUGAAAGCUCCUCCGAAUACCGCGGCAUUUUCCUUGAUGUUUCGUUAAUUUCUGCGAUCAGUCGUUCCCUCACCAGACUCUUAUUCUUUCUCUAGAUGUUACACAGUAAACAUGGCUUGUCACAGAGAAACUAUAAGGCACAAUGUCCUCUUACUGACUGUUACAAAGUGCUAACACUGGAGACUCCGUCCACAAAUGUUAAAAACAUGUCUCCUUACAUAAAGCAAGCAUCACCACAUCAAUCAUUUGAUGUUUUCUUUGUUAAAUAACAAAGCUACUGUCAGAUCUGCCGUUAUAGAAAAUGACCUCCUUCUAAGCAGUCAGUUUCGAGAAUUCAACAUUGCAUUAUUCGAUAAAUUCUGAGCUCAGGUAAAUAAAAUGUAUAUAAUGCUUGUUCCAGGCUCAAAGAUUGAAGUGAUGUUCAAUGUUAUAAUGUUCAAUUUGGGCUAAGAGCAAUGUACGGCCUGCCCUUGUUAUAAAUUUACAUUAUUAAAAGUGGAUUCAUGACCAGGAGUCAAACGUGAAAACAUACCAUGGAUAUUUAUUGAUUUAUUUAUUCUUUUCAUUACUAAAGCCUACAGAAGCUUUCUUUGGAAGGCUAGAAUUAUAAUUAAGGCACAACUAAGUUCACUCAGGAGCAGAAAAGAGAGCGGCCACUGGGAAAGUAUGGGAGAAGGAAAAGGUUUCCUUCACAGCUGUCCAGCGCUAACGAGCCUGUCUAUCUCAAAUCUGUACAUUCCCCUGAGGACACCAGGCCUCCAGUCUACAAGCCUGGAAACCCCUGCGUUCAUCCACUCAAGCCAUCCCUGUACAACAAACUCACUAGAAAACGAGUGCUCACGUUCACGUUCACCUCCGCACUCUUUCUCAGCACAUAAAUACAAUCCCCAACAGGAUUAAAGAAAGAGGUUUAGCUCCUGAGAUCACUUACAACCAAAAUGGCACAUAUGUAAGGAAUAAAACAUUUAGGGGAAUGCUGUUAUAGGAAAAUAAUGAACAACCAGGGUUCUGUGAUGCGGCCCAGCACGAGCACAGUUACAGAUACCAUCCGGAUGCUGAUUAUUGUUCAAUAACAGCAUGUCCCGAAGUGUUUUAUUUGUCUCAUACCACAGAAAUUUGCCAAACUUAUAUAGAAAAUAAUGACGGUAUAUAUUUUAAAUCACAGGCUUUAAAGCCAGAGAUGUUAAAUGAAUUAAACUCUACAGUAAAUAGCAUGAAGUGUCUGAGGCUGCUACUUUCUUCCCAAAUAUCCGGUGCGUUUAAAGACUAUACUUUGAAUAACUGGGCUUCGGUUUCUUUUGAGAGUGUAUGCAGUCCUCCUUACAGCCACUAGUGGGCAGCAUCCUAUUGCAAGUCCAGCAACAGUUGCCUUUCCCUUGAAGAAAUAAACUGGAAUAAUUACAGUGGACCUCACAGCGUAAUCACUGGUGUUUAAUGAACAGAAAUGGUGUUAUUUUGUACAAACGGAAUGAACACAGCAGGAGUUCAUUUAAUAUUGUAGAUCCAGUGGUGUCACGGAGAAGGGUGUUUAAGCACACCAGUGGGUGGCAUCAAGAUUAUGUAUAAAAUAAAGUUGCAUUUGCAGAAUUUCCUUGGGUCCUUGGUGCAAAAUGAAUGGCGAGGAUGAUCAUAUUACUGAACUGGGUUUGUAGUUGUGCAGGGUGUCUGAAAUGUCAGGAACCAACAGGAAUAUAUUGAGCAUAUGUAGCAUUACUCUAAUAAAGUCUUGUAGAGUAUAGGAUUGUCCAGGAUUAAUAAACCUAUCAGAGAUGUAAUAUGAAGUCAGAGAUGGAGUGGAAAUUGGGGUGGCAAGGCAUAUCUUGACGGGGAAAUAUCCCAAGUGCUGCCCAUGUAGCCAUGCCCCUGAAUUAAUGCUAAGACUGUGUAAACACUUUUGGUGUUAAUUUGCCAUUUGCAGUGAGAAUUGCAUGCUCGACUGUGUUUAGUGCACACUUCAAAGGGCACUUGACAGAUGCGUCUGGUGCUCAUUAAAGCUUCGUGGUCUCCCGCACUGAGCGAACACGCACUGCUCGCAUCACGACUCCCGCCAAUACCCAACAGGCAGAGUUUCCCACCCAGCCACAUGCUGUUUUCCAAGCAUACAUCUUUCUUUCUCUGCAACUACAUUUCGUAGUAGCAGCAACAGUUGCUGGAUCUGUAGACUAAUCCUGUCGUGAUGAUUCUUUCUACAGACAACAAAACCGGUCUUACAGACGUACAGCUCAUACACCGUCCCAGAGACACACUUCUGACUAGCAGCUCUGGGAUGUUAGCUGACUAGGUUAACAUUAACACUGAAGACUAGAAACAUUUAUGAAUAUUCACUUUAUUCUCUCAGAAAUGCUGUUAGUUCGGUGCAAUUGAGCUAGCAGGCUAACGUUAGCAGUGAAGGUUGUAACCUUCGUGAAAGUGAUUCAAAAAUCCUCUCAGAAAUCCUGUCAGCUUAGCGCCUGUUAGCUAUUUCGCGAACAAUUAUAAUAUUUUGAAAUCCUGUCAGGACAGCUAAUUUAACAUAGCAGGUUAGCAGUAAGAGUAAAGAUGAAAACAUUUAUAAAACAUGACUUUGAAAUCCUCUGAGGAUGCUGGAACGAUUCUAACAUUCAUGAAUACAAUUUAAAAAAUCCUGUCAUGUUAGCUGAUCUUAGCUAGCUUAGUUAACAUUAGCAGUGAAGACUAUGAAUAUGUUUUAAUAAAUCCUCUCAGGAUAUCCUGCUUAGCACCCCUUAGAACCACUUAGCUAUCUGGCCAACAAAAGCAGGAAAGAUUAUGAUAUUUACGAAUGUACCUUAAGCAUUCUCCUUGAAAUCCUGUCAUGUUAGCUAAUCUUAGAUAGCUAGUUAGCAUUAACGUUGUAGAUUAU